CACAAGUUGAUAAAAUCCUAGAGAACGAUAAAUAAGUCCUCGGUAAAUUGAAAGGGAACACUAGUGUUCGAUUGGUCAACAGUAAUACAACGCAGUCUAUAUAAUUCGAUCCUUGCCUUUGUACCCUAGUUUGGUCUGUUAGUUAGUUGAACAGUAUCAUUUAAAACGACGACAUGAUUGCUACUAAGAUCCUCUUUUUAUUUGGAUCAAUGCAGUUGAUUCAUCUAUCAACAGCAGCGCCAUUACCGGAUAGCGCAGGAAUCGUUGAGAUGGUAAACGGAUUAGCAUAUGGUGGUAUUCCUUAUGGGAGUGUAUCAGGUAUGCUAGCAAAAUAUCCAAGAUAUUCAAACCAACAAGAGUUCCAAUCAAGAAAAUUAUCAAACAUGAAAGCAAUUCAACCUGUGAUCGUGACACCCAAUUUUAGAGCAACAAGAUUGGCAGUAUCACAUGGAACGCGACCUGUUCAGAUUUAUAAUCUUCCAGGUGUAAUUGCACCUGGCGUCAUCGGCACGAUCAGUCAAAUUGGAUUUUGAAAGGUUCAUCGUCAUUAUCUUCUUCUUGAGAAUCAUCGUGUUAUAUCUAAUAGAAAUAUAUUUUUUAUUGAAGAUUCGAGCUUCAUCAUCUGUUAUCUACCAUUUCGCAAGCAUUCAAUAACGAAUAGAA